AGAGAGAGAGAGAGAGAGAGAGAGAGAGAGAGAGACAGACACUGAAAGAACUGAGGAAACUGCAUAAAUAGGAUCUGAAUCUUUGAAUAAUGGCCGUUGUGGAUAUUCUUGUGUCGUUCCCCACAGCAUGGAUAGACACAAAGAUAUUACUCUUGUCUUUUAUUGUUUUUCUCUUGAUCUUUGACCAGCUUAAAAAUCGAAAGCCAAAAAAUUUCCCUCCAGGACCCACACCUUUACCAUUAUUUGGCAAUUUCUUCAAUCUGGACCAUAAACAACUCCACAUUCACUUGACCAAGAUGUCCAGAAAAUAUGGCAGAAUCUACAGCUUGCAGCUGGGGGGAACACAUUUUGUUGUGGUAAACUCAUACUCAUUGGUAAAGGAAGCUCUUGUUGAUCAAGCAGAGACCUUCGCUGAUCGUCCACCCAAUGCUGUAUUCCAUAAAAUCAACAAAUGCCAAGGUAUAGCCUUUAAUAAUGGCUACAGCUGGAAGCAGCAAAGGCGUUUUACUCUCAGCACUUUGAAAAGCUUCGGUAUUGGAAAAAGGAACCUGGAGUCCAGUAUCACACAGGAGUUUGACUUUCUUCACCAAGCCAUCAUCAACAUGAAAGGAGAAUCUUUCAACCCUCAUUUUUUUAUCAACAAUGCGGUCUCAAACAUCAUCUGUUCCUUGGUGUUUGGCAGAAGGUUUGAAUAUACAGACAAAAAGUUCCUUACUAUGCUUAGUCUGAUCUCAAGAGCCAUUCAACUGGAAGGGUCUGUUUGGGCGCAGCUUUACAAUGCUUUCCCUCACUUUAUGGGCCUCAUGCCAGGACCCCAUCAGGAAAUGUUCUCAAAUUUCAAACAAGUGGAAGUCUUUCUGAAUGAAGAGAUUGAAAAGCAUCGAGCAGAAUGGGACCCUUCAUCACCUAGAGAUUAUAUAGACUGCUAUUUGAGUGAGAUUGAGAAGAGGAGAGAUGAUGAGGAGGCCGGGUUUAAUACUGAGGGUCUGUGCUACUCUGUGCUGGAUCUGUUUGUGGCAGGGACUGAAACUACCUCCACCACUUUACUGUGGGCCUUCGUAUUCAUGAUGAAAUACCCUGAAAUACAAGAAAAGGUGCAAGCUGAAAUAGAUAGAGUGAUAGGACACUCACGCCGACCCAGUAUGGCCGACCGACCCAACAUGCCCUACACCGAUGCAGUCAUUCAUGAGGUCCAGAGACGGGGCAACAUUGUACCUUUAAAUGUUCCGAGGAUGAGCACUAAGGAAACAACACUGGGGGGAUAUUCUAUACCUAAAGGCACACAGAUCAUUCCUAACCUGACCUCAGUGCUGUUUGAUGAGACCCAGUGGAAGUCUCCUCAUUCAUUUGACCCUCAGAACUUUCUCAAUAAUCAAGGAGAGUUCAUUAGACCCGAUGCCUUUAUCCCCUUCUCAGCAGGUAAAAGACUUUGCCUGGGUGAGUCACUUGCUCGCAUGGAGCUGUUUAUUUUUUUCACCUCUCUCCUACAAGCCUUCACUUUCUCCCCUCCAGCUGGAUCCAAAUCUACUUUGGACUUUGAAUUUAGUGUUACACUCAAUCCUAAACCUUUUAAAAUGAAUGCAAUUCCCCGAAUUGAGUCAGUUUCUCAAAAAGGCUAAAGACCCACUGCUUAAAAAAGACUUAAAAGAAAAAAGACUGUCUUAAGUUAAUCUUCCUACAAAACAUGUCAUAUAAAUCGUAUGGGUGUUGUUGUUUUUAUAUGAUGCUGCUCUUUACCAAUUGAAAAUCAACCAUAAUGUUCAAUAACAAAAUGGCCUGGAAUUUUUUUUAAACAUGGCAAUGAUUUUUCACAGUUUGUGAAUAUGUUUAUAUUUUCUAAAAUAUGGUGUAUUGAAAUGAUCAACUCAUUAUUAAAUAGUGCUUUAUUUGGGUAAUGUUUUUUUCUGAUUCAGAAACCUUGGAUGUGCUAUAAACAUGUUUUACAAUCUGUGUAUCCGAUGUGUGUCAGAUGCAUCAGUGUUAGGUGUGUGGUUGGGUGUUAGGUAGGGGAUAGAUGCAGGAUGGCAAUUAAUGGUAAGUAGCUGUCCUGGAGGGAAGACCAGUGAUGAAGGAAUAAUUAGGCUGCAAGAUCCAUCAAUUCACCUUUGUUAUCUCCUUACUCAACUGUUCUCAGACUUUUUUGGGAACUCAAUUUAUGUUUUGCUUCUUGUAACCCUUUAUUCCAGGGGUGUCCAAACUACGGCCCGCGGGCCAUUUGCAUUUUUUUGGCCAGCGAGGUUUUUUAGAAUUAGAAUGAAAGUUGGCCCGCUGUUAAGCAGGUUUUUAUAAGAGGGUGCGCAUUACUAGCGCUGAAAAACGGGGCAAAAGAGUCUAAAAGCGAAGAGGGUGCGCAUUUCUAACGCAGAAAAACAGGGCAAAGAGUCUAAAAGUGGAGAGAGUGCACAUUUCUAGAUAGAUAGAUAGAUAGAUAGAUAGAUACUUUAUUUAUCCCGAAGGAAAUUUAGGCAAAGCACAGAAAAACGGGGCAAAAGAGUCUAAAAGCGGAGAGGGUGCGCAUUUUUAGCGCAGAAAAUCGGGCCAAAAAGACUAAAAGCGGAGAGGGUGCGCAUUUCUAGCGCAGACAAAACGGGGCAAAAGACUCUAAAAGCGAAGAGGGUGCGCAUUUCUAGCGCAUUUCUAGCGCAGACAGGGUGCGCAUUUCUAGCGCAGACAAAACGGGGCAAAAGACUCUAAAAGCGAAGAGGGUGCGCAUUUCUAGCGCAUUUCUAGCGCAGACAGGGUGCGCAUUUCUAGCGCAGACAAAACGGGGCAAAAGACUCUAAAAGCGAAGAGGGUGCGCAUUUCUAGCGCAUUUCUAGCGCAGACAGGGUGCGCAUUUCUAGCGCAGACAAAACGGGGCAAAAGACUCUAAAAGCGAAGAGGGUGCGCAUUUCUAGCGCAGAAAAAUGGGGCAAAGAGUCUAAAAGCGGAGAGGGUGCGCAUUUCUAGCGCAGAAAAACAGAGUCUAAAAGUUGCCAUAAUUAAGGAGUUUAAUAUUAAGAGACAACAUGAAAUUAAGCUUAGUUUACACAACACUGUCAAAAAUAAAGAUAGUAAGUCAAGUAAAAUGGUGUGUAAAUGAAAUAAUCAGGAAUAAAGUAUUAUUUAAAGUGGUAUAUUUCAUUAUUUGUUUUAUUAUGGAGUGUGGCCUGUGACUUCAAAUAUAUUUCUCCUUCUGGCCCCCAACAAAAAAGGUUUGGGCACCCCUGCUCUAUUCCACAUACCAGAUGUAGUGUCACUGUUAAAACUACAAGAUCCCUGAAGAAGCUAGUUUGAAACUGUGGAGGAACCUUCCUAGGGCGCUUUAGGGAAUCUUCAGAAAACAUUUUCUUCUAAACUUUUCUUAUAGGUUCCUCAAUGCACCUUAAUAGGUUAAUCCACAGAAGCCCACAAGUUUCUCAAGGAAUCUGUACUUUUAACAGCAUGAACUGAGCAUAUGCUACAACUUAUGCUGCUGUUCAGACCUGAUUUAGAUUAUCAGUUCAUCCCAUUUCUGUACAAUUUAACAUAAAUGUGACUUAUGUGUCUUAUGUUAAACAUUUAAUGUAAACAGUGUACUGACUUUGAAUGUUUGAAACUGCAUAAACUGUAACAAUAAAAUACUAUUCCAAUUAUA